UGAAAAUCUCUUGUCAUCUCACACAACUUUACCUUCUUCCUCUCUGCCUUUUUCUUUUCUCUUUCACACACUUAACACCAAAAACACACAGAUACCAACUUCCUUUUUUGAACAAAAACCAUUCACUAGGGUUUUCAUUAAUCCCUUUUUCAUAGCCAAACCCCACUAAAAUCUAUCUUCCUUUCUUCUUGCCUAAUAAUUACAACGCUCCCAAUCAUAUAUGCUCUUGUGGGCUCUCUGGAGUGGAAAUUAGAAGUCAUCUUUGUGUGUUCUCUGCCUUUUUCCGAUGCAAUUGUUGUGAUGACUCAUCUCCUUCAACGAUUUUUUUGUGAUGGCGGGGCAUCUUUUUUCGAUAAUCGUACUAAUUCUGUUUGUCCUCUUCGUAACAAAAUCAACCUCGAUCAGUGGGGUAUCGGGUUGGGAUGAUGACGGUGUUUAUGAUAACGACGGGUUUGGAAGACUGUUUCAUCAAGACUACUCGCCGCCCGCGCCGCCGCCUCCGCCGCCGCAUCCGCCGUCGGCAUCUUGUGAGGAUGACCUUGGUGGGGUCGGUUCCUUGGAUACUACUUGUAAGGUCGUUUCUAAUUUGAAUUUAAGCCGUAACAUAUAUGUAGCUGGGAAGGGAAAUUUUUAUAUACUUCCCAAUGUGACUGUGAAUUGUUCGGUUCUUCCUGGGUGUGAAAUCGGCAUAAAUGUCACGGGUAACUUUACAUUAGGUGAAAAUGCCCAAAUACUGGUUGGGUCGUUUGAAUUAGAGGCUAUGCAUGCGGUUUUCGCGAAUGGGUCUCUUGUUAAUACCACUGCUUUGGGGGGUGAUCCGCCUGAGCAGACUAGUGGUACCCCUCAAGGUGUUGACGGAGCUGGUGGAGGGCAUGGCGGAAGAGGGGCUGCAUGUUUGGUUGAUGAGAAGAAGCUUCCGGAUGAUGUUUGGGGUGGUGAUGCUUAUGCAUGGUCGAGCCUAGCAAAGCCAUUGAACUAUGGAAGCAAAGGCGGGACUACAAGUAAGGAGAUAGAUUAUGGAGGAGGUGGCGGUGGGAAGAUAAUGGUUGUGGUCAAGGGUAAUAUCGAGAUGGAUGGUACUUUAUUGGCUGAAGGUGGAGAUGGUAGUCCUAGAGGUGGAGGUGGUUCCGGUGGCAGCAUCUACAUCAAGGCUUAUAAGAUGACUGGAAAUGGCAAAAUGAGUGCUUGUGGAGGUAGUGGUUUUGGUGGUGGGGGUGGAGGAAGAGUUGCUACUGAUGUGUUUAGCAGGCAUGAAGACCCUAAAAUCAUUGUCCAUGGUGGAAGUAGUAUUGGUUGUCCAACAAAUGCGGGUGCUGCAGGAACUUUUUAUGACGCUGUGCCCCGAAGCCUUAUAGUUGAUAAUUUAAACAUGACAACUGACACAGACACACUAUUAAUGGAGUUUCCAUAUCAGCCUCUUUUGACCAGUAUUUUCAUUCGAAAUUUUGCAAAGGCUGCAGUCCCCUUACUUUGGAGUCGGGUUCAGGUGCAAGGGCAAAUUAGUCUUUUGGAUGGAGGCAUCUUGAGCUUUGGGUUGGCACAUUAUGCUUUAUCGGAAUUUGAAGUAUUGGCAGAAGAGCUGCUGAUGAGUAAUUCUAUAAUCAAGGUUUAUGGGGCUUUGCGUAUGUCUGUAAAGAUGUUUUUGAUGUGGAAUUCGCAAUUGCUUGUUGAUGGUGAAGGUGAUAGGAAUGUCGGGACUUCUGUUCUUGAGGCUAGCAAUCUUAUUGUUCUCAAGGAAUCUUCUACAAUACAUUCUAAUGCCAAUCUUGAGGUUCGUGGCCAAGGAUUACUAAACUUGUCAGGGCCAGGUGAUUGUAUUGAAGCACAAAGACUGGCUCUUUCACUGUUUUAUGGGGUCAAUGUGGGUCCAGGAUCUGUUCUGCGUGGUCCGUUAGAAAAUGCUACGACUGAUGCUGUGACGCCCAAAUUGAAUUGUGAUUCUCAGCAAUGUCCAGAAGAACUGGUUCGCCCGCCUGAUGACUGCAAUGUCAAUGCUUCACUCUCCUUCACUCUUCAGAUAUGUCGUGUUGAAGAUAUCCUGAUUGAAGGACUUGUAAAAGGGUCCGUCGUGCAUUUUCACCGGGCAAGGACUGUAACUAUUCCGUCUACUGGUACAGUCAGCACAUCUAAGAUGGGUUGCACGGGAGGUGUUGGCAGGGGUCGGAUAUUAGGCAAUGGAAUUGGCAGUGGGGGAGGUUAUGGUGGCACAGGUGGAUAUGCUUAUUAUAAUGGGACCCGCGUUGAAGGUGGUCUUCCAUACGGCGAUGCUGACUUUCCUUGUCAUCUUGGUAGCGGAGGUGGAAAUGCUUACCCAACAACAACGCCUACACCUACGCCUACACCUGGUGGUGGUGUUUUAGUAAUUGGUUCAUUAGAGCAUCCUAUAUCAAGUCUGUGUGUUGAUGGAUCACUUACUGCGGAUGGGGGAAGUUAUGGAGAAAAAAGCGUGAGAAAUGCGUAUGAUAUAUACAAAUCGGGUGGUGGCUCUGGUGGCACAAUUCUUUUGUUCUUAAAUGAUCUGUUUGUUGGUGAAUCCGGUUCUCUUUCAAGUGCUGGAGGUUAUGGUAAUCCAAAUGGGAGUGGUGGUGGGGCCGGUGGGAGAAUCCAUUUCCAUUGGUCACACAUUCCAACCGGAGAUGUAUAUCAACCAAUUGCGACUGUCAAAGGGAAUAUCUCAACUGGGGGAGGGCUGGGUGGAAAUGAUGGUGGUGCUGGACAAAAUGGAACUGUCACUGGAAAACCUUGUCCUAAAGGGCUUUAUGGGACAUUGUGCGAGGAAUGUCCUGUUGGUACCUACAAAAAUGUUACAGGAUCUGACAGGUCCCUAUGUUUCAAGUGCCCACCCGAUGAACUUCCUCACCGUGCUCUUUAUGUUGCCGUCAGAGGGGGUAUUGCUGAAACACCAUGUCCUUACAGAUGCGUUUCAGACAGAUAUCAUAUGCCAAAUUGUUAUACGGCUCUGGAAGAGCUGAUUUACACAUUUGGGGGGCCAUGGUUGUUCGGUUUACUUCUAUUGGGUCUUCUUAUCCUUUUGGCCCUUGUGCUUAGUGUUGCAAGGAUCAAAUUCGUAGGCUUUGACAAUGACAACUCACCUGGCCCUGCUCCUACACAACAGGGGUCUCAAAUGGAUCACUCUUUUCCUUUCCUUGAAUCACUCAAUGAGGUUCUGGAAACUAACAGAGUGGAGGAGUCACAAGGACAUGUUUAUCGAAUGUAUUUUAUGGGUCUGAAUACUUUUAGUGACCCUUGGCAUCUUCCUCAUACACCUCCAGAGCAAGUCAAAGAUAUUGUGUACGAGGGGGCAUUUAAUAGAUUUGUGGAUGAGAUUAACAGCUUAGCGACUUAUCAGUGGUGGGAGGGAUCAAUGUAUAGCAUUCUUGUUUUUGUUGCUUAUCCUCUUGCAUGGUCAUGGCAACAAUGGAGGCGCAAGAUGAACUUACAAAGACUCAGGGAAUUUGUUAGAUCCGAGUAUGACCAUGCCUGCUUACGUUCUUGUCGCUCACGUGCUCUCUAUGAAGGCCUUAAGGUAGCAGCGACAUCUGAUCUAAUGCUAGCUUAUGUGGACUUUUUCCUUGGUGGUGAUGAAAAGAGAAGCGAUCUCCCUCCUCGCCUUCACCAAAGAUUCCCGUUAUCACUAUUGUUUGGUGGUGAUGGAAGUUACAUGUCGCCUUUCUCACUUCAAAGUGAUAAUAUCAUUACUACUCUCAUGAAUCAGGCGGUUCCUCCUACGACUUGGUAUCGGUUUGUGGCGGGGUUGAAUGCACAGUUACGGUUAGUUAUUCGGGGUCGGGUGAAGGCAAUGUUUGGGUCAGUAGUGACAUGGCUUGAAAAUUAUGCGAAUCCUACUUUGAAGGUAUAUGGGAUACGUGUCAAUCUUGCUUUUUUCCAAGCUACAACGGGUGACUAUCAUCAAUAUGGACUUAUUGUAUCAGCUGUUGAUGAUCAACCACAACCUCAACCCCAACCCCAACCCGACUUUAUUUCCUCCAACUUGGAGGAGGAUACCAACACAAGGACAAGUAAUGAUGAAUAUGAUGGUGAUUCAAGAGAAUUUAUGAGGUUAAUAGAAAAUAGUGCGACGCAAAAGAUCAGGAGUUAUGGUAGGAUAUUAGAUCUUAACAGUUUGCAAACCUUCAAUGAAAAGAGAGAUAUAUUCUUUCCCCUCUCUUUUAUAAUUCACAACACAAAGCCGGUUGGCCACCAGGAUGUUGUGGGGCUGGUGAUCUCGGUGCUACUAUUAGGAGAUUUUAGUUUAGUGCUACUUACACUACUACAAUUAUAUUCGUUUUCGUGUGCGGAUGUGUUUCUUGUUCUCUUCAUCUUGCCGCUGGGGAUAUUGCUUCCCUUUCCUGCCGGGAUUAAUGCUCUCUUUAGUCAAGGACCCAGGCGCUCUGCUGCUCUUGCUCGUAUAUAUGCUCUUUGGAACAUUACAUCCUUCGUUAACGUUGUGGUCGCCUUUAUGUGUGGUUAUGUUCACUACUGCAGUCAGCCAAGUACCAAACUUCCUGAGACAUGGAACAUGGAGGAAAGCGAGUGGUGGAUAUUUCCGGUUGCACUCGUUUUGUGUAAAUGCAUACAGUCGUGCCUUGUGAAUUGGCAUGUUGCCAAUUUGGAGAUUCAAGACCGGUCCUUGUAUAGUAAUGAUGUCCUUGCUUUUUGGCGAUCUUGAUCUUGAGACCACCCCUUAUUAUCUUUAUCUUUUUGACAGACAGACAGUGUGGGUAUUGGUAUUUUCCGGAUUUUUAAUAUAGCUAACACAAAACACAAAAUAGAGAGAAAAAGAGAAAGAGAAAGUUGUUUUAGAUAGAGAAAUGUGUAUUAAAACUUGAAUAAUAAGUGUUUAUUUGUUUAGGCCGAUGCUUAUUUUUCUGUGUAUAUAAAUUCGGGCAACUCCCACACACCAUACCUACCUUACAGAUGAAAAACGUAUGCUAAUCUUAGUUAUUUUGGACUUAA